CAAUAUGGUGAGUGUAAUGUUCCUUGCCGUGUGCUUUACUAGCUUGGCGGGACAUAUUAUUACAAGCAGUGUCUCGGAACCGCAAUGCUCAAAAUUUCAUUAUGAAGAAAAACUGUUAGAAAAGAUGAUAAGACUUGAAAUUGCGGUAGAGGCUAUAAAGAAGGAAAUUGAAAACUCUCAGAACCAAGCUCAGGCCACUCUUGAUGAUUUAAAGGGAGAACGAAAUAUUUGGCAGAAUGAUUUAAAAGCAAAAUCUGACAAACGUUCUACAGAUCUGGCAGCUGCCAUCCAAGAGACCAAAUCUAAAGUUCAGGAAGAGAUAAAAACACUUAAAGUCGAGAAAGAUAAAUGGAAUUCCGAAUUGAAAGAAUUUGUAAGAAUACCAGAACUUGUGUUGUUUUCUGCACGAAAUCCGAAACAAACUACAUUACAUACAGGACUUAUCCUGGUCUUCGGAGAGGUUCUGAUGAAUGAAGGCGGUGCUUAUAACAAAGAUAAUGGCGUCUUCACAGUUCCAUAUGCUGGUGUCUAUACAUUUAGCGUGCAAUUAUGCGUACUAAAACACAAAUAUGUUGAUAUUGCUUUCAUGGCCAAUAACAUUGCAUUUAAAAUGUCAAGAGUCAAUAGACACGACACAAGUGGGGCUUCAUGUUUUAACUUCGAUGCUGUCACAAUGUUUCGUUUCAACGAUGAAGUAAAAAUAAAGAUUCUGAGUUGUGAUUCUGGGGACAUAUUACACGAAUAUACCAACUAUUGGAACACGUUUUCUGGCCGUCUUGUUUAUGCAACAAGCUAAUAAUUUAUACCUGAUAGCAAUGAUAUAUUUAGUUGGCGGUUCAAGCCAAAUAAGCUAAAAUUACCCUUGAUAUAGGACAAAAGGACCUGUAAAAUAUUAAAAAUGUACAUUCCUUUGAAAAUAAUAAGAUGCAAAAAAUUGUAGCAAAAUUAAUUAAUUAAUAUUUCCUCUGUGCAACAAAAACAUCUAUCUUA